CUUGUUUCUGCCGAUAUGACGAUUCUUUUGUAAUUUUCUUUCUUCUGCGGUUCAUCGUUUCUUCUCUCUCGGUUUUUUUUUUUGUAUUUUUUGGUGGAGAGAGAUCGCAGUGACGACUCGGUUAAAUUCAAGCUCAACAGACCGGAACAAGGCGAUUCUCUCUUAUCGGAGUUUCGUUUUUGUGUCGAUUUUCCCGCUGAACUGAGCAUUUCUCUCCUCUUUUUUCUUUCUCAUCAAGAGGAUUUGGAGAUUGCGAUGAGGAUUCACAGCUCCCUCUUCUGAGCUUCGGCUGAAGAAAUCGGCUGGCAGAAUCGAACCAAUUUUUUAAUCGCCACCACUGAGCAAUCUCCUUACACUAUCCUUCAAUCUCUUCUUUCCAAUCAAUGGUCAACGAAUGAUUAUGAUGAAGCAAAAAUGCAAAUCCAACACUUGAUCUGAGUGAAUACUACCGUAUCACCCUUGAUGCUCCUAAAAUUUGCUUCUGAAUCUAGCAAAUCAGCAGUUUCUAAUGACAUCGGUAUCCGUAAUUCUCUUUUGAAAUGGUUCCAAAACGGAUUAGGAUCUAAUACGGUGGUUCAGAUUAUGAAUUCAAAUUGACGGUUAGAUUCGCUUGCACAUUGAUCCAAUGGUCUUUAAUUGUUUGAAAGAGCAACGGUUGAGAUCUUUUGGAACAAAUGCAAUGGUUCUGAUUUUAACAAAAAAACAACGGUUGAGAUUUGUGAGGGUUCAUCUUACGGCCCAGAUUAGAUUCAUAUAGCAAACACCACAACAUAAUCAUCGUUGGUUAAGAUUCCAGGGUAUCCCUGUUCAGGCGCUUGUAUGGUCACUUGUUCAUUUAAAAACAUAGGGGUCUAAAUGAGUUAUUCCGAAAGAACUGGGGUGGAAAACGUAUUUCUUUUUAAAGCCCCAGAAAAUGGUAACGAUAUGAACGUAAUUUUGCCGACGUGGACAAUACUCAGCAGAACCACGUAAUCAAAAGUAAUAAAUAAAUAAUAAAGUAAAUAAGAGGAACAUCCAUUUUCCUUAUCGGAGGCCGGAAAUCUCUGUCGAACUCCAUUUAUGAUUCCUUUGAACGUUUUCCACCGACUCGAUCACCUCCCCCGAUUCCGAUCCAACAUUCCUCACACGAGCCCAGAAUCGGGUGUUUGAAUCGGUUUUAUUGCUGGAUUCGAAUCGGAUUGGGUGGUGUUUGAUUGGGCUUUUUUUUUCCCUCUUCAAUGGAGAAGCACGAGAACGGCGUUUACUCGGCGGAGGCUGUGGAUGGGAGCCGUGAUGUGUGGAGUUGUAAUGAUUCGGAUUCUUCUUCCGCCGACCACCUCGUCGUUAUGGUCCAUGGAAUCUUAGGGAGUACGGAUGACUGGAAAUUUGGAGCUGAGCAAUUCGUUAGAAGGCUCCCAGAUAAAGUAUUUGUUCACUGUAGUGAACGAAAUGCAUCUAAGCUUACUCUAGAUGGCGUGGAUGUGAUGGGUGAGCGUCUGGCAAAUGAGGUACUUGAAGUACUUCAAAGAAAACCAAAUAUCCGCAAGAUCUCCUUUGUGGCACAUUCUUUGGGUGGGCUGGCAGCAAGGUAUGCUAUUGGGAAAUUAUACAGACCAGCUCUGAAUGAAGAUGGGAAAGAUUCAUCGGGGAAUGUUUGUGAAAAGACUUCAAAUGGCACAAUAUGUGGUUUGGAAGCUAUGAACUUCAUCACUGUAGCUACACCUCAUUUGGGUUCUAAGGGCAAUAAGCAGGUCCCUUUUCUCUUUGGUGUUACUUCCUUUGAGAAAGUAGCAGGUCUUGUUAUCCACUGGAUAUUCAAAAGAACAGGCCGACACCUUUUCCUAAAAGAUGAAGAAGAUGGAAAGCCACCAUUGCUUAGACGCAUGGCUGAAGACUCUGAUGAUUGCCAUUUCAUAUCUGCAUUGCGUGCCUUCAAAAGGAAGGUUCUUUACUCAAAUGUGGGCUAUGAUCACAUCGUUGGCUGGAGAACAUCAUCUAUCAGGCGUGACAGCGAUCUACCUAAGUGGGAGGAUUCUCGUAACGAGAAGUACCCUCAUAUUGUUCAUGAAGAGCACUGCAAGCCAUGUGAUGCAGAGAAUGCAUCAGAAGGCGAGAAUGAUUCAGACAACAUGGAAGAGGAAAUGAUCAGAGGCCUCUCGUCCGUCUCUUGGGAGAAAAUCGAUGUUAGCUUCCACAGCAGCAGGCAGAGGUUUGCUGCUCAUAGUGUUAUACAGGUUAAAGAUGAAAUCAUGCAUAGAGAAGGAGCAGAUGUCAUAGAACACAUGAUUGAUCAUUUCCUCACUUGAACUCGUUGUCUCCACCCCAAGAGCUUAAGACACUUGUAGUUAAUAGGUAGGAAGACCAAUCAAUGGAAGACAUGGGUCUUUAGUAAUAGGAGGAAAUUCGGUUAAUUCAUACAUAUGUUAACCUGUAAAUGUUCUCGAUGUAAAAGCUCUUGGGCACUUCCUUUUUUUUU